UCCUUCUGCUGAUAACUCUGAAGACACACACAAGACCUUCACUCAAAUGAGAGUGACCAUCGGAAUUUGCAGUAUUAACCGUUUGCGAAUUAUUUGGAUACUCUAUUCCAUACUUGCUAUAAAUAUUAAAUUUGCAUAUGGAAAAUGCAUCGUUCACAUUAUUAUCGUAUAAUUUUAGUGAUCUUUGCCCUCUGUGUGCAACGAUUAGUGAGUCAAUCAAGGUCAGGAGUAUUUACGAAAUCAGGAGUUCUCCCACAAAUGCAUCUUCCAAGAUCGCUCCCACAGCUACAAACUCUGGGCAAUGGAGAACCGAACUUUGUUAACCCAUACUUAUCUGGUAACUCGGAGUUGUAUGGGCAGAACAGAUUAUUGCAACAACUCCCAAGCAGAUUGGACAACCGGAACACAAUUAUGGACCCCUCGUUAUUUGGGAGGGCUAAACCAAAAUGCAACAAGAGAAUUCGAAUUGCGAAUGGCGUUUCAAGAUUCAGAGACAAAGGCAGCUUGGUGCGGUAUGCAUGCAGUCACGGGUUCAUAUUACUUGGUACCACAAUUGCAGUAUGCUUGAGGGAUCAAUGGUCAGAACCCCCACCGAUUUGUGUUAGGCCAGGAUGUCGCAGAGUUUUGGCUCCUCAGAAUGGAGUUACACGUUUAUCAUUUUCAGGAGCAGUUGCAGAUUUUCUGUGUAAAGAUGGUCAUGUCCUAGAAGGAAGCCCAGUGGUUUACUGUGAUGGGCAACGAUGGAAUGAUACAGAACCAAUUUGUGCUCCAAUUCAUCCCUUGACCACCACAACUGCAGCAUAUUGGGAAUGGCCUCAGCCUAAACCUUUAAACGAUAGUGAAAUACAACUUUCUUCGGACGAGCAAUUGGAAUCAUGGGAUUAUAACAAUCCCAGCACAACUAUUGGAUGGUCUACCUCCAAAACGACUGAAAAUCCUGACCUUGGAAAAGAAAUCUCAGAUACUAGUUUGCCAAUUUCUCACCAACCAACCACCACUUUCCCUGAUUUCCUACCCGUUAGAAUAACAGAGACAACUGCAACACCUUCUAGUGUGUCAAAUAGCACUGUUAGCCAAUCCAUAUUACCCAGUUAUGGUGCUGUUUCUAAUGCUAAUUUAACAACGACAAAGCUUAUUUCUGACAGUACCACUGUAGCAAGUCUUCCGAACACGGAGCCUGCAACACUUCCAACAACAACUCUAAGCGAUUCAACGACAGAGACCGCAUUAAUAUCCGAUGCCAUUAUUAUCACUACUACUGAAAUUGUGAAAACAUCCAGUUCAACCGAAUCCAACCUUCCCAGUGUUGAGGUCACCGUCACCGAAGAAAACUGGGAACCAUUUCCGGACAAUACGUUUGACAAAUUCGACAAGGAGCUUGGUGUAGGAAGCUAUGAGACAAGGGACCAAAUUCCAGAAUUUAUUCAGCCUAUUUCACCGCAUAAGCUUGAUGAUGACCAUGAUGAUCAUUACACGAAAUUAGCAACAAUCUCAGUUGUGGGCGGUAUUGUGUUGGGUGCGUUGGGAACAUUGUUGCUUGUGGGUGGAGUGGCAACAUAUUGUUGGAGAAAAAACAUUGGGAUUGCAAGGCCACAUGCAGGCGAUAUUGACGGGAGAACCCUUUCUGGAAGUGAUGCAAAUGAUGACUUCAUGUGGGUGGACUCCAACAGUAGGGGCCACAGAAUGUCACGAUUAUAGAUUGGUAUACUGAUUUUAUAUGUACAUAUGUGUGUAAACAACUUUACAUACUAUUGCCAUUAAAUACUUUUAUUGAUAAUCGUGAA